GUGUGAGAGAGAAUCCACAACGGUUUUAGAUAUCUUCACUCCCUCAAUCGGUGUUCUCUAUAAGAAGCAGUGGAGAGAUCAUAAAAAUAAAAUAAUAUUCUAUGGAUUCAGGCUCCAUGGAACUCAAAGUGAUGUAUUGUAAAGACGUAAACUCAUUCAAUUUCUUCAAAAAACUCUUAGUUUAUGUUCUUGUUUCAAUCGUGAGAGAUGAUGGUGGUGGUGAUACUGAUAAAAAACAACUGGAGCUGCAGAAACAGCAACAAAGAACACCCACUGACACAGAAGGAGAUGGGAAUCCCGAAUGGAAUCACCAGAUGCAUUUCGAUCUGACCGAGGUUUCAUUUCAAGAUUGUGAUCAUUUCUUUAUCCACUUCGAUCUCUGUCAUGAAGGUCUCUAUUUUGGAGACAAAACUAUUGGGAAAGUUCGUGUACCCUUGAAAGAUUUGAUCGAGGAGGCUAAUGGAAUUGUCAGGUUUUUGAGUUACGAGGUUCGAACUCCAGAUGGGAAACCCAAUGGGGUGCUAAAAUUCUCCUGUCAGGUGAAGAACAUGGGUACUAAUUCUUCACAAGCUGGCAUCACUGGGUAUCCAAUAGUCAAUAAUCAGCCAUAUCCAACAUCGGAAGUUCAAAGUUUAUCAGAACAAGCUCAUUAUCCGACGUUGGAUUUGGAAGGUAACUCCCAGGAAACAGACACUGUGUCUCAAGUUCGUUAUACAUCAGAUUGGAUACAAUAUUCCUCCCAAGAGAAUUAUUAUCCACCACCACAAGCCUAUUAUCCGCCGCCGCCGCCACCACCACAAGCCUAUUAUCCGCCUCCGCCGCCUCCGCCACCAGGAAGACCACCACCGAUGGCGGAUGGGGCAUGGGGAUGUAACUGCCCGCCUCAGCCCCCACUGCUCCAUACUUGGCCUCCUGGUGCUAAUAACUAUGGCAGCCAGGGGAACUGGAGCCCCAUGGCAGGACAAUUGCCGACAUAUGCUGACAAAGAGAUGCGAGCAAAUGAUUUGAGAUUGGGGAGAGUUCAUCAUUCAUCGUUUUGGAAUGGCAGGUGAUGAACGUUGACUUGUUGUUGUGCUUUUGCUACCUAAUGUUUUUCUCUGUAGAAUGACAGGUACAAUGAUGUGGCAUCUCUGUCAUGAUGCUUUGCUGUCCUCUUCAGGCCCUGGAAGAUGUAGCAAUUGAGUGCGCACAAAUUUGUCAAUCAAUUCCCUAGUUAAUUAGCAGAAUCGAAGCACGAUUAAAAGAAAUACUGUUUGUAUUCAAAAUAAAUGUACUAGAGUACUGGUGUAUAUUUUGUGUAUAUGGCUACCGUUAUUUUGAUUGCUCAAAGGAAUAGCUUGCAACCCUCUUGGAAAUGGUAGCUGAGAACAAACCAGUUCCAAUCCUUUGAAGCAUUCUAAUGCCAGUGGGUUUCCUAGCUAAAGCUCUUGAUAAAGAGACAGAUGCGAUCAAAGACAGGGACUAGCAUAACGAUUGUCAGGUUUGUGAAGGAUAGAAGCGUAGCAGUUGGUAUUAUGAAGCCGGAUGCAAUUGUUCUAUCCUUGCUAGCUCCUUGCAUGGUGAAAAAUGUUGAGUAUUGUGCAUCUACAAUGGCAUAUAAUAGAUUUGUAGCCCUUAUAGGAAUAAACCCUUGGCACUGCCUUCGCUUCUCGAUCUUCAUCAAUACUGCAUACCCCGUCUUCUCCAAAGCACAUAUCCAGCGCAAGCAAGGCUUUGUUGAGGAACCUGUAACAUUGGAGGAUCCAAAUUUCCAGCCUUCAUGGGCCAAGGUUCUAUGAUCAGCUUCCAUGGCCUGCAUAUUCCUCGUUGCAGCAACGAAAACCUGACCAAUUCUCGUAAAGAAGCAAUUUCCUUCUUUGGUCUAAUAACUAUAAGUUUGAGGUCCAAACAAGAAGAGAACCAACGCAAGAACCAUCAUGAAACAGGGAAUCCCAAUUCCAAGAAAUCAGCUCAUGUAAUCUUCUGCCUUCGCUCUCCUCAGGGUCUUCCCCCAUCAAAUAGAUUGGCUCCAAAUGCCUGGAUACAAGGCCUGCGCCCACGUUGUCCAACAGCUACUAUAUAUAUAUAUUGAAAGAAAGAACAAGGCUUCUUUGAAAUUGAGAGAAUGAAGGAUAGCAGACAGAAUCAACAAGGCAAGUCCCUGCCAACAAUCCAAGGGAAAAUUACUGGCAUUCAAAUUUAAUUGUAAGGUAAGAAAACAAAAAUCAACAUUCUAAAUCUUUUGCUAAGUUAUCACAACUAAACUAUAUAAGAAUCACACACACACACACACACACACACACACACACACACACACAACUAAGCUAUAUAAGAAUCAUUAAAUAACUAAUAUAACUAACAACUAAGUUUAAUGAUUCUCAUGUAGCCUAGUUAUUAGUGAUUAUAUUGUGCAAGUAAUCAUACAUAAAACUCAUUUUAUUCUUUUAAAAUAUAAUUAUUAUUAAUAAAAGUUCUUUAUUUUUAAUAUUUCUUUAUAUUUGAUUAAUGAAUAUAAUGUUUAAUUAAUUAAUAUAGAGUAAAGAUAAAGUCAAUGAAACAAAAAAAUAUUUUGCAAAGUAAAUUAUAAAGUUGUUAUAAUUAUGAGAUUCAUAUUGUUUCAAAUCAUUGUUCCUAAAUAUUUAUGAUCAAUAUUUUAUUAAGAAGAAAUAUUAAUUAGAGCUAUAAUACUAUCACUCAUAUCAAGUGUUGCAAUAAAGGACGAUGUUUUAAUUCAGUGAUUACUGGAAAAAAAAUCAUGUAUUAAUUUCUUUUCUUAUCUUUAUGAAAAAAAACAAAUUAUUGUCUGCUGUGUGAAAUCAUGAAUUUCCUUUGAAUCUUGUUUAUCAUAAAAAAUAGUGUAGUACUUUUUAUGGAUGCCAAAAAUAUCAUACAUUGAAACGCAUAUCACAACAAAAAUGAUUACUUCCAUGCAUUAUGAACAAAUUGUUAGUGAAUAUGUUAUGCAAUCAAUCGGUUAAUUAUACGUAGCAUUGAUUUUAUUCAUGUAAAAUAUAUUUAUUAUUAAUAAAGGUUUUCUAUCUUUAAUAAUCAAUUAUAUUUGAUUAAUGAAUCUAGAGUAAAGAUAAAGUCCAUGGAACAAUAAUGUUUUGUAUAGAAAAUUAUAAAGUUGUUAUAAUUAUGAGAUUCAUAAUUCAUCAAAGUAUUGUUUUUAAAUGUUCAUUGUCAAUAUUAUAUUAAGACUGAACAUUAAUUAAAAUUUUCGAGACUAGUGCAUAUUAUAUUCCUUCUUUUAUGAAAGAAAAUGGUUUUUUUCAUAAAUUGAGGUAUGAGGGAUGCCUGGAACUAAUAUACAGAUACUUGUCAUAUGAUAUGUACACUGAACUAACUCACAAAAAAAUUUCAUAUAGAAAGAUCACUCAUGUCUAUGGAAAGGCUUUCGUAAUAGUUAUGUGAGUAAUCUUUAGACUUAAGAUUAUUAAAUUAUAUUAUAUAGAGAGUGUUUUGCUUAAAUCAUAACCACACAUUAUCCUAAUCAAUGGUAAUAAACAAGCAAAUAUUGAGUAUAACAUAAAAUAUAUGAAGGUAUUUGAGUAAUUAAAAGAUGAUUCAUCACUCUAGGUGAACUAGGAAAAAUAUUUCAUAUGUUCUCAAAUAGUAUUGAUUGUGAAAUCUUUAACCAAGAUGAAAUAAGUUUUGAAAAGAAUUUCAAAAUAUUUUUCAAAGAAUCAAUGACUAAAAUGUUGAGAACUAAAACGACAAAACAGAUAUAUUUUAUGUUAUAAUGUUUAAAUUGGAACAUUCAUGAUGAAUGAAUAAUAAUUAUACCAAGAAACUAGUUAUUAAAAGGUUAAAUCAAACCACUUAUGACUUUUUUAAUAUUUGAAGGAUCAUAACAUAUUGCUAGACAUUGUACUUGAUCUUUAAAUAUAAAUCAAUAAAUUAUUGAAUUGAUAGAAAAUGAAAUCAUUUAACUUAUUUAAUCUUAUUUUAUUUAAGAUUAUGAUUUAUAUUUGGGUCAAUUUAUUAAUAAAAUUAAAAAUUAAAAAUUAAAAUAGGAUGAUUAAUCAAGUAUAGCUUGAUCGUAAAUAAAUUUUAAAAAUUAAGGAUUAUAAUAUAAUUAAUACAUGGUAUUACAAUUCUAGACCUAGAAAGAAUCAAGUAGGGACUUAAUUAAAUAAAUUUCUAAAAUUAGUCUAAAAUAUUAUAUGUGAUAUUAUUUAAGAGGAAAAUUAAUAUUUUAUUAUUUAUAUAAUUAAAUAAAUUUUUAAAAUUAUUCUAAAAUAUUAUAUGCUGACAUAUGCUGACGAAGAGAUGCGGCAAAUGAUUUGAGAUUGGGGAGAGUUCAUCAUUCAUCGUUUUGGAAUAGCAGGUGAUGAACGUUGACUUGUUGUUGUGCUUUUGCUACCUAAUGUUUUUCGCUGUAGAAUGACAGGUACAAUAAUGUGGCAUCUCUAUCAUGAUGCAUUGCUGUCCUCUUCAGGUCCUGGAAGAUGUAGCAAUUGAGUGCGCACAAAUUUGUCAAUCAAUUCCCUAGUUAAUUAGCAGAAUCGAAGCACGAUUAAAAGAAAUACUGUUUGUAUUCAAAAUAAAUGUACUAGACUGGUGUACAUUUUGUGUAUAUGGCUACCGUUAGUUUGAUUGCUCAAA